AAAACGUGUGGGAUCUGUGGCUCGCUGUCAAUUUGAGGUGGACAAAAUCGGUUGUCGAAAUUGUCCUUGCCACCAAAUAUUGACGUUCGGUUGGCCCUCUGAGCAAGAUGGCAAACCCCGGUCUUCGUUUUAAAACGAACUUUGCUGCCCAUAGCAAGAUUGAGCCUUUCUAUAAAGGAGGAAAAGUGCAGAUAAGUAAAGACGAGAAGUAUAUCUUUUGCACUUGUGGAUCACGUGUGAAUGUUUUAGAAAUCAGCACAGGGAAGGUUGUACACAACAUCGAGCAGGACGAUCAAGAGGACAUCACAUCAUUUGCCCUCAGCUUUGACGAUGAGGUCCUGGUGACAGCCAGCAGAGCUCUGCUGUUGAAACAAUGGGAUUGGAGGAGAGCUCAGUGUACUCGCUCCUGGAGGGCAAUUCACAAUGUACCCAUUGCUAGCAUGACCUUUGACCCCACCUCCACACUCCUGGCCACAGGUGGCUGUGAUGGCACUAUUAAACUCUGGGAUAUAGUGAAGCAGUACUGUACUCAUAACCUUAAAGGGUCACCUGGUGUUGUACACCUGGUCCAGUUCCAUCCAGACAUCAGCCUGCUGCAGCUCUUCUCCUCCUCUAUGGACUGUGGCAUCAGGCUAUGGGACCUGCGCUCCAGCAAGUGCAUUUGUGUACUUCAGAUCCACUUUAGCCUUGUCACUUCCUUAGCUUUCAGCCCUGAUGGAGAGACUAUGGUCAGCUCUGGCAGAGACAAAAUCUGUGCUGUGUGGGACAUGAAGACUCGCAGUACCAAGAGAACUGUACCAGUCUAUGAGGCAGUGGAGGGUGUUGCUUUGCUCCCUGACAGUGAGGAUUUAUCUCAGCUUGGUGUAAAGAAAAAGGACUUGCAUUUCAUCACAGCAGGCAGCAAAGGUGUAUUGAGAGUGUGGGAGGCCACCACAGGCUGUUGCGUCUACACCCAGGCUCUCCCCGCUGCCCCCACGCCUGGCUCUGAGGAGGGGGGAUUGGAGGACGAAGAUCCCCGGAGCCUAACCCACCUCCUCUCGCUGCCCACCACCUCCAGACUAGCCACGGUCACAGCAGAGCACAACAUAGUGUUCUAUCAGCUACCCGGAUUCACCACGCAGCAGCAGUUUGUAGGCUACAAUGAUGAGGUGCUGGAUGUGAAGUUCCUGGGGAAGGGGGACAGCCACAUUGUGGUGGCCACCAAUAGCUGUCAGCUGAAGGUUUUUGAGCUGCUCACCAACAGCUGUCAGAUCCUGUAUGGACACACAGAUACUGUCCUGUCAUUGGACGUGUUUAAAAAGGGCUCCCUCUUCGCUAGCUGCGCCAAGGACAAGUCUGUGCGUGUAUGGCGAAUGGACCGUGCCGAUGGCCAGGUGCACUGUGUGGCCCAGGGCUUCAGCCACGCCAAUGCGGUGGGCUCCAUCACAUGCUCCAGGAUGAAAGAGACAUUUAUAGUGUCGGGCAGCCAAGACUGUACAGUUAAGGUGUGGAACCUUCCUGAAGACAUCUCCACAGCAGUGGACAUCCACAAGCUGACUGCCCGUGUAACUGAGAAGGCACAUGACAAGGAUGUAAACAGCGUGGCCGUGUCACCCAAUGACAAACUGCUGGCAUCGGGCUCGCAGGAUCGCACCGCCAAGCUGUGGUCUUUAGUGGAGGAAGGCAGCCUGCCACUGAUGGGGGUGUUUCGGGGUCACCGGCGAGGGGUUUGGGUUGUCUGCUUCUCCCCCGUCGACCAGGUGCUGGCCACCUCCUCAGCGGACGGCACUACCAAGCUGUGGAGCCUGCAGGACUUCAGUUGCCUCAAGACAUUCGAGGGGCACGAUGCAUCAGUUUUGAAGCUAAUCUUUGUAAGCCGAGGGACUCAGCUGCUCACCAGUGGCUCCGACGGCUUGGUCAAGCUCUGGACCAUCAAGACCAAUGAGUGUGUAAAGACACUGGAUGCUCACCAGGACAAGGUGUGGGGUCUCCACGCCAGCCGCAAGGAUGACAAGAUGGUGACCGGGUCAGCAGACUCCAACAUCACCAUCUGGGAGGACGUGACAGAGGUGGAGCUGGCAGAAGAACAGGCCAAGCAGGAGGAUCAGAUACUCAAGCAGCAGGAAUUGUCUAACCUUCUCCAUAACAAGAAGCACCUGAAAGCCCUGGGCCUUGCCAUUUCCCUGGACCAGCCUCACACCGUGCUGAAAGUUGUUAAAGCAAUCCGUCAGGGUGAGGAUGGCUGUGAGCUGUUGGAGAGGACGUUGCUGAAGCUCCGACUGGACCAGAAAGAAUCCCUCCUGCGCUACUGUGUAGUGUGGAACACCAAUGCCAGGAGUUGUCACGAUGCCCAUGCUGUCCUCCAGGUGCUCCUCACGCAUCUGCCCCCUGAAGAGCUGCUGCAGUACCAGGGGAUGCGUGGCCACCUUGAGGGGCUCAUACCGUACACAGAGAGACACAUGCAAAGGAUUGGCCGUUUGCUGCAGGCCUCCAUGUUUAUAGACUACAUGUGGCAGAAGAUGAGAUUGACAGGAGCACCAGCCAGCAUUGACCAAGAUGAGGAAAUGGACACCACCCCUAUGAAGGAGACCCGGACCGUUUCCACGUUUGACAAGGGGUCCAAUGGGGCCAGAAAGGGGGAUGAGGUGAGGCAAGGAGAUGAAGAUGAUUUUGAUAGUGAUGACGGUGAAAGCAAGGAGGAGCGAGGCCCCCCACUGGAGGAAGAGGAUGACGACUGUAGGAUAAUAAGAAAGCUCAUGUCAAUGGCGGACUUGGAGAAAGUGGAGAAAAUGGUAAACGUCAAUUGACAACUACCAUUAUAGGAAGUGAAGAGAGCUUGGCAGAGGAAGAUUCUGAAGAAGAUGAAAGCGACUGCAGGGUAUUGAACAGCUGCCAAAAUAGUAAAAUGUCACCUCCUCUCCGCUCCAUCACAUAAUAAUAAUAAUAAUCAUUACAUUUAUAUAGCAUUUUUCUAGACACCCAAAGCGCUUCACAUUGAAGGGGGUAACUCACUUCAACCACCACCGAUGUGUAGCACCACCUGGAUGAUGCACGGCAGCCAUUUUGCGCCGGAACGCUCACCACACAUCAGCUUGAGGUGGAGAAGGAGGAAUCAUUAAGCCAAUUACACGGGGGGAUGAUCAAUCAGGUGGCCAAAUGGAGAGAUCCAGGUUGGGAAUUUUGCCAGGACACCGAUGGACCCUCUACUCUUUGCGAUAAGUUCCAUGAGAUCUUUAAUGACCACAGUGAGUCAGGACCUCGGCUUAACCUCGGUUUAACAUUAUAACCAGCUGACCGGGAUCAGCAGACCUAAGAGACGAUUCAUUCCAGUUGUGGAAAAGUUGAGGAAGCUCUCGACCAUGGACCCUUACGUGGAGCAACAGACUGAGCGUUUAGCAGUAUGGUUGCCCAAGUAUGCAGUCGAACAGGUGUGGGAUGGGCCUUAUAGUGAAAUAGCCUUGAAUAUGUCUGCCUAUAGAAGUCUCUUGUGUAAGUCCGGAAACCUUUUACCCGCCCUGCAGGGAAAUCCCACGUUUUGCCCCAAUUUUCUGAAAGCAAAACCAGUCAGCGUGAUCUAGUCUGUGCAAGUUAUCAAGUCACUGAAUUACAUUUUUCUUCAGUAAAAGCAGCAAGAAAGAAAGGGUGGAAUACAUUUUGUCUUUUUUGAAUUUGUUAAUACAAAUUUACCGUUCACGUAAUCCAGCAUAGCUAAAAAUGUAUAGCUCCUUCCGUAGCAGACGUCAGCAGUCUUGACUUGACGGUAGCUCUGUAAUGUUUUGUGGUCCCGUGGGCGCGGCUCAACGUGGGCGGAUGCAAAAAAAUAAACGGAGCGUUCUGGGGCCCCGUACCGCGCAGAAUCUCAAGACGAAACGGCCGGUCUCGAGCUAUGACCCUUCCAGAUUGUAGAGAACAAAACAAGAUCUCUCACACAACUGCGGAUUUUAGAAUAAAAUGUGUACUUUUUGGUAA